AUGUUCUUGUACCUCGCCCUGUUGGGGGCGGUACUCGUUCUCUCCACCAUCUUCAUCCUCCGAAAAACUCCUUCUUAUUCCUCAACUACGACGUCGACUGCGACAACGACGGAGGAUGGUGCCGUGCCGCCGGAGCCGCCCCGAGUGCCCUUCUGGGUGCCCUUCGUGGGCAACGCGUUGGCCUUUGGCCGCGACUCCCAGGGCUACCUGCAGCAGUGCCAGAAGACCUACGGCGACGCGUUCCGGCUGAAGAUGAUGGGCCAGGACUACGUGUUCGUGCUCGACCCGUUCUCGUUUCCCAACGUCUUUCGCGAGGAGAAGAAGAACCUCUCCUUCAUCGCCAUCGUCAGGGAGUUCGCGUGCAAGUGCUUUGGCGCCUCCUGGGACGAGUUCGAGAAGCAGAACCACGAGACCGUACACAAGCAAUUCAUCACCUAUCUACAGGGCGUUGAGCUGCCGGCCCUCACCGCUCGCAUGCGCGAACAUCUCGAGCGCGCGGUCAAGGAGAAGACCCAGCCGCAGCUGCUUCGGGCCGACACCAGCACCGAGUGGCAGGACGGCCACAUGUGGCGGUUCGUCAUGGAGGUCCUCUACGUUGCGGGCACGCGGGCAUUCUUCGGAGAUACGUUCGACGUGGAGCAGAGCUUCAAGGACUUCUUCGCCUUCGAUGACAACUUCCCGGCCUUCACCAUCGGUGUGCCUGACAUCCUUCUGCGCAAGAGCGUCAAGGCGCGUCAGCGCAUGAACGAUCUGCUCGUCCAUCUGACGGACCCGACGGCCAGCAAGUUGAUGGUGGAGCGCGAGCGCUACUUGGCCGAAGAAACGUCGAUUCCGCCCAACCAAAUCUCCCGGCUUCAGUUCGCCACAUUCUGGGCAGCGCACGGCAAUACUCUCCCCUCCUACAUUCUCAGCGACAAGCGAGCCAAGCAGGAGAUCACUGAGGAGGUCUUUGCCCUCUUCAACAAGAAAGACACUGGACGCGAGACGUUCGCCAAGCUGAAGGACAUGGUUAAGCUCGAAAGCGCGAUCAACGAGGCACUUCGUCUGUCGUCGGCGUCGAUCAUCGUCCGCGAGGUGAUGAAUGACUUCACCCUCAAGAUGCAGAACGGCGACCAGUUCCAUGUAAAGCACGGCCAAAAGGUCGCCAUGUACCCAUACAUUAUCCACAACAAUCCGGAGGUCUACGACAAGCCGCACGUCUACCAGUUCGACCGCUUCCUGGCCGACGAGUGCCAGGAUGACGACGACGACUACGCCCACCUCAAGUUCGUCCCCUCGACCAAGGUGCCCGGCAACAUGGAGCGCGUAGAGUCCGCCGACGUGCUGCACCUCAAGCAGCGCGAGCUCCGCCAGCUCCGCGAGUCGCGCCGGCGCGAGCGCGACCUCAGGGAGUCGCGCACGAUCCACACCAGCGCGGCCACGACAGCCGCCUCCGCGUCGACAACCGCCGCUGCACCCGCUGUCGACGCCGAUCUAAAUGUCGAUGACACGGUCGACGACCCCCAGGACCUCAGGGAGAGCCGCGAGCAGACCAUGCGCGACCUGCGCGCUAGCGGUCGCCUCUUCUCGCUAAUUCUCCGCGAGAGCGGCGUAACUCCGAUACCGACCGCUGCCGCCGCCGGCGAGGGCGAAACGGAAGUGGUCGGCGCGCCCGGCAAAGAGGAGUCGAGCUCGCCCCCAAAGAAGCCGCAGUUCACGCUCGGCGACAAGCUGCGGCAGAGGGAAAAAGAAGACGGCAACGGCGACAACAACGACGAGCACGAGCAAGAGGAGCGGCUGACGACGCCGACGAGCAAGCGGAGCCUGCGGUUCCCCGGCGCGCCGACGCUGCAGGAGCAGCUGAGCAGCAGCGGCGAGGUCGAUCUAGCCAGUCCGCUCUUCCUGCGCCGCGCCCAGCGCAUGCAGCGAAGGUACGACGCCGAAGAUGAGGGGAACGACAGCGACAGCGGCAGCAGCCCGGCCGCGGCCUCGCCCAAGCGACCCAAGCACACGGCCACUACUGCGACGACCACCAGCCCAUCACUGCCGCUGAUCCAGGUCGACAAUAUUGAUUUUAGCUCCGAGCCCGUGAGUCUCUCUUCGGCCGGCGAGCAGGCAAAGAGCGAAGAAGAGAAGAGCGAAGUGGAGGAGACCAAGCCGGCCCUGCCUCCCUUCAAGGCGGGCAGCGGGCUGCGUCGCAGCAAGCAGCUGCUGCAGAUCGCCGCCAACAACAGGCGCGACCGCAGCGUGUCCCUCGGCGUCGUGCCCCAGCUGUCCGUUGACGUCGCCCCCACCGCCGCCGCCGGCAGCGACCAGUCGGGCCAGCCCGGUGUCGACAACGAUAGCAACACCACCGGCGCUGACCUGCCGCCCGGGGCCGUGCGCAUCGCCGAGGCGCUGGCCUUCCAGCCCGUUGCCACGUCAGCAUCGACCAGCACCGCCGGGCUCGCGUCGCCGCGGAUCUCGCGUGAGCAGCACCUCAUGUUCAAGAAGCGGGAGCGGACCGGCUCGUUCAACAUUCCUGGCGAUCCCCGCCUCCAGCAGCGCGCCAAGGAGAAGAAGUUCUACUACAAGGGCCGCGAGCUGCGAUACCAUCUCAUGCCGUUCGGCGGCGGCGCCGGCAUGUGCCCCGGCCGCUUCUUCGCACGCAACGAACUCAAGCUCUUCGUCGCUGUCAUGAUCUACUACUUCGACCUCGAGCUCGUUCCUAACGAACAGGGAGAGAUCAAGCUGCCGCCGUUGGACGAGACGCGGCUGGGCAUUGGGAUCCUCCCGCCCGCCAAGGACCUGCCCUUCCGCUUCCGCCUGCGCGAGGAGCACCUCGCCGACUUCGCCGCCCCGCAGGAGAAGCAGCAGUCCUGA